AUGGCCGAGAGGUCGGAGUGCGAUGGCCAGUGCACGUACUGCCGGCAUGCCAACAACCAGCACAAGUGGGCAGAGAUCCGCACCAAGAUCGGGCACUACGUGUACAGAGACAACGAAGAGGAUGACUCUUGGAUUGCCCUAGCUGAGCACCGAGAGGUGCAGGAUCUCAUCAACUGGUCCUGGGUGAAGGGCGUGAACUUCGAGUGCAUCCUGGGUAUCAUCGCCUUGAGGCUGCUGUCUUUCGGCUACUCCGAUCCGCUGCAGUUCAAUGCCGAUGAUCCCGACUUUGAUGUCCUGGACUUUCUAGAUACUUUCAAUGCCCACUCUGGCGUCUUGGCGCAUGGCAGUGUCGAAUAUAG